AUGUUAAGUCCUUUGUCAGUGGCGCUUUUGGCGCUACCGGCGCUUCUCUUGUACCUGUACUCUGCCCUCAGCUAUCGCCGGCUGAAGCAAUACGCCAACUUUCCUCAGCUGAAGCCUUCAAUAGUAUGGGGUCACCUCAAGGCCAUAAACGAACACCACGUGAAGCGCAAUGAGAAGGACUCUCAACUCGAUCCCACCAUGGGAGAUAUGCUCGAGGAGAUCGGUAACCCUCCCAUCAUGCUUCUAGACCUUCGUCCAGUCAGCCGGCCCCUACUGGUCAUCCGAAGCCAUGAGAUCGCGGAGCAGGUAUCAAGACAAUCAAAGAUGUGGCCCUACAGCGCACCAAAGUCCGACACCAUGAUGUAUCUCACACCGCUGCUGGGCGAGAAGUCAAUCGUAAUGUCUCAAGGCUCCGGAUGGAAAGACAUGAGAAAGCAUUUCAACCCUGGCUUCGCUCCCCAGCACCUCAUGAGUCUGAUGCCAGUAAUUUUGGAAAAGACUCAGACCUUCCUCGCCAAACUCGACGAACUCGUCAGGACGGGUGAAGAGUUUGAGCUGGAGCCUUUGUGCACUAAUCUUACUUUCGAUAUCAUUGGUGCCGUGACGAUGGAUGUUGAUCUUAACGCACAGCUUCCCGAGGACCAACAAAUAGAGUUCAUUAAGGGUUACAAGGAGUUUUUGACCUCAUACAGGGAGGGCAGUGGUAUACUGAAGUGGUGGGAGAACCCGCAGCUGGGCAGGAAACGAAGGCGACUUGCCAAGUCUUGCAACGUCUUCCUCGAGGAUGUCAUUCGUCGCAAAUUCAACGAUGUGAAGCAGGACAAGGGGUCAUCGAGCCGGAGUAUUCUGGCUCUCAGCUUGAAAGACACACAGGUCUUGACACAGGAUAUCAUCGACGGGACGAAGGAUCAACUCAAAACCUUCAUGUUCGCAGGGCACGACACCACCAGCAUCCUCCUCCAAUGGGCCUUUUACGAGUUAUCAAGGACGCCUCGGGCAAUGAAGAGCCUUCGGACUGAGCUAGAGAGCCUCUUCGGCCAGGACUUGAGCCCCGAAGUCGUCCGGGAAGCUCUACUCGCCAGGGGUGAGGAGAUCACCCAGAAGAUGACCUAUACCUCGGCAGUCAUUAAGGAGAUUCUGCGCCUGUACCCACCAGCUGGGACCGCGCGCCUUUGCCCCCCGGGCGCGAACUUUCACUUGCAGUUACCAGACAACAGCAGCCUCUGCGUUGAUGGGAUGGUUCUGUACAACUGUGCCACUCUCAUCCAGCGAGACCCUGACGUCUAUGGAAGCACUAAAGACGAUUUCGUACCCGAGCGAUGGCUCGGGAAUACGGACACGUCAAUGGCAACGAAUGACGACGAGAAGAUGGGCAUUGGCAAAGCUGGCGAGAACGAGAUUCCCGCCGCCGCAUGGAGACCUUUUGAAAGGGGUCCUAGAAACUGCAUCGGACAGGAGCUUGCCAACAUCGAGGCCAGGGUGAUUUUGGCUAGUGUUGUGGGUAAGUAUGUCUUUGAAAAGGUCGGUCUAGGGGAGGCUACGCUGGACGAGAAGGAUCGUCCCAUCAUCAACGAAAAGGGGCAAUACAGGUCCAAUACACAGCUUUACAACACGAGACAAAUUACUGCCCGGCCGGUUGACAAUAUGAGGGUCCGAGUGAAGCACCAGGUCCCAACUAGAGCCUGA